CAAAAGUUUACUUCCUGGUUAAAUUUUUUUCACUGAUUAGUCAACAUUUAGUCAUUACGUUACUUAUUAAAAACUCAAUUCUGUAUAAUUUAAGAUAGAAGAACGUGUUUCAGAAUGGGUUGUUGCCCAAAAGACGACACUUUUGUGAGUCCUUGUUUAAAGUAUGCACUGUUCUUCUUUAAUUUUCUUCUAUGGCUUAUUGGUGCUGCAAUGAUUGCAAUAGGUGUUUGGGCAUUCAUUGAGAAAAACAAGUAUUACUAUCAGGACAUUAAGACUAUCUAUGAUGUGUUUCUGGACCUCUCUAUUUUGCUCAUGAUUGUCGGUGGAUUCAUCUUCAUCGUUGGAUUUACCGGCUGCCUUGGUGCCCUAAGGGAGAACCUGCUAUUUCUUCGGAUAUUUUAUGGCUGCAUCAUACUGGUUGUGCUGGCAGAGAUAACCGCUGCAGUGCUGGCAUUCGUGUUCAAGGACAGCGUUCACCGUGUGAUCACAGACUCUCUCCAGGAAGGCAUGAUUCUUCGUUACCAGGACGAUGAGGAUGCACUGAUGGACUGGUUUCAGGAAACAAUCAAAUGCUGCGGAAUUAAGUCAUACAAGGACUGGAACUCAAACAUAUACUUCAACUGCACGAAGGACAACCCCAGUGGACUGCGUUGUGGCGUGCCUUACUCCUGCUGCAAGCUUCAAGAUGCCUUCAAUACUGGUCUGUCCAAUGUCCUGUGUGGAGCAAAUGCACUGAAUGAUUCUGUGACAUUUUCCACUUCCAACAUCUACAUGACUGGGUGCGUUGACGCCUUUGUCCAGCUAGCCGAACAAAACCUUCCAAUCAUCGGUGGCGUGAUUCUGGCUCUCGGCGUUCCUCAGCUACUGGGGAUCUGCCUGGGACGGCUUCUGGAUGGACAGAUACAGGACCAGAUGGUGCGAUAUCGCAGGUCGCACUGAUCCAGACCCAAGUCUCACUCUGACGGGUUUUUGUUGUUUAAAGUGAAAUCUCAGUUAUUCUUAGCAUUUGAUUGUUGGUCAUAUGAUACAAAAUAAUCGGGUGUAAAAAUCUAGAUAGGUUUAAUGAUUGAAGUGAUAUCUCAAUUUUUCUUAGUAUGUGACUGUUGAUGGUAUUAUUCAAAACAUUCUGGUUUUAAUACCUAGAUGAAUUGGAUGAUUGAAGUCAAAUCUCAGUUAUUUGAUAUAUUUAAAUAUACUGUACAAUAUUAUAUUCUAGUGUCACAAAUUUGUUUAUGAAUAUCAGGUCCUGGUCCAGUUAUUUGAAACUUAAUUGACCAAUUACCAUAGCAAGGCUAAUAAGGUUGGAUGUAAAUCAAAUAGUAAAAACACCAUUCUUUUAUCAAGUAUUUUGAAAUAUAUUCCUCUUUGCAAUGUAUACAAAAUGUCGUCAUAUUUUAUUAUUUGAAUAAGAUUUUUUACACUUAAAAACAUUAUCCAAAACUAAAAAGUUAUAAGCUUAUUUGGUAAUUAAUAUUUUGAGCAACUGGGACCAUGUAUUUUGUUAAUGCAAUGAAAUAAAAGUAAUUGUUAUACAUGUAUAUAAAUUGACUGUAGAAUUCUUUAGCUGAAAAGUUCACAGCUAAAUGCCAAGGUUUGGGAAUGAAAAUAUUGUUACAAAUAGAACGCUAGUCUAGUUUUCCAACAGAACAUGUCAGUCAAGCUAGUCUUUUAUCCAACAGUAUAUGUCAGUCAAGUGGCUUAUGUUAUGACCCAUCACGCAAGAGGUGGAGCAUUUAGUGUGAUUCAAAAUAGUGCAAGCCACAAGAUUGAUACAUUCUCUUGAAAGAAUAAAUUUGCAUUAUAUUCCCCUAUAAAAUUAACUGAAACACUUAUGUUGUUUUUCAAAAUUUUAAACGUGUUUAUCGAAGUAGAGUACAGUAAAUUUUGCUGUCGAAUUGUGAAAUGAAAUGCAGGAAGGUGUUUUCCGACUUCUGGUUGAUUUUAAUAAAGGGAUAAAAAAAAGAAGUGAAUAGCAUACUUCAGUUGUUUUUACUAUCUACAUGUAUUUCACUUAUUUAUAAAGCAUGUGUUUGGUUAUGCUUUCGAAGAUGUUAAUAACAAAAAGAGAAUUAAAGCACAUACAACAGUUUCACUCCCAACUCUUGAAGCACAAAGGCUGCUUUUGUAUUUGAGAAUGAAAUCUCAGAUUUACCUAUUACAAAACUGUUUAUUCUGCUGUUACCAAAUUGCAUUAAUAUCAUGGCUAUUCUAUUUCUGAAUAUGAUGGAAAUGAAAUUUCUGUUAUUUGUAGUACAUUCGUGAGUUGGUUGGAUUCAUUUAUAGAAAAACUGCUGAGUGUCUCUUGUGUAUUUUGUUGAUGGAAAUGGAAUUCAUUAAUUUGAACAUGGUAAAUUCUGAUAUUGAAUGACAAGACAGUACUAUUGAGUCAAUAAUAAAAUAAUGAUUACCUAACAACUUGUAACUAUAAGUUUAUAUUUCUUUACGUUUUCAAGUUGAAUUUUAACAGAAUAAUGUAAUUUCUCAUUAUCAAAACAAAAUUAAUCUUCAGAUGACAUUUAUGCAGACGUACAGUUUCUCGAUUAUCAUAUCAGCCUAAAAAUCAGGUACACGUAUUUGAAAUAUGUUGUAAGUUUUUAUGCAAAGUAAGUGGGUUUCACUUGAAUCAUUAAGGACAUCUGUCUGUCCAUCUGUCUAUGUGUCUGUUUGUCCGUUUGUGUGUCUGUCAUUCUGUCUUUUUGUCUGUCUGUCUGUGUGUGUUUCUGUCUGUCUGUCUUUUUGUCUGUCUGUCUAUCUGUCUCUCCGUCUGUGUGUAUGUCUGUCUGUUUGUGUGUCUGUCAUUCGGUCUGUCUUUCCAUCUGUCUGUCUGUCUGUCUGUCUGUCUGUCUGUCUGUUUGUCUGUCUGUCUGUCUGUCUGUCUGUCUGUCUGUCUGUCUGUCUGUCUGUCUGUCUGUCUGUCUGUCUGUCUGUCUGUCUCUGUCUCUGUCUGUCUGUCUGUCAUAGACACAAUUGGUCUGGAGAUGUUUUCAACAUAAAACAUUAAAACUUGCUCAUUAACCAUAUACAAACUGACAAAUUCAAAAAAAAUUCUAUCAUUGUCAAAUGUGUUUUUAUUAAUUUUCAUAUUUCACCAUAUUCAUAUGGUGUUAGUCUAAAAUUAUACUGUUAUUUGUAUUUUUUAUGUUUAUUUGUGAUUCAAAAUGAUAUUAUACGAGAAGUAUUUCAUUUUAUAAUAUGUAUAGUGAGUUUCAAAAUGUGUUACUGAUUUUGACUUAGCUGCAGUGUCAUUAUGAAUACUGUGAUGUUAAUAUAAUUGACCAUUAUGAAUCCUGUGUUGUUAAUACAAUUUACCAUUUUUUAUUAUUAUGUAAAUUUUUUGUUUGAAUCAAGUUUUGUAAGUGACAUUUGCAAAGUUUGGAUAGUAAAAAAGGAUCACUAAAAUUAGAUUCUAAUACAAAACAUUAAAAAAUAAUAAUUACCAAUAUUUUUACCAUUGCGCUGCUAUGAUUGCAAAUCAUCUUCAUUUUGGUAUUGAUUGUGCUGGUAAUAUAAGUAAGGUACCUACUAAAGGGGGGGGGGGAUUUUUUUUUCAUCACAAGUUUAAAUUGGACCUGCACUACCGUUUUCAGAUCUUGAAUAAUUACGAAUAGAAUACUUAAUGACUGGAAAGUCACAAUAUGAUCAUUUAUAAUCCAAAACUGUGUAUGUCUCACUUUAAACUUGGAGAUUCGGAGAUUCAUUGAAACUGUUGUACAACAAAGUUUGUCUCACACUAGUUUAAAUUCUUUUUUGUUUCUUACUUUUUCUGUUUCACUGACUUUAUUUAUUCCAUAAUAAAUGUAUAUAGAAUCAAUUUACACAGAAAUGUACAUGCAAAGACUUAAUUAACCAUAUGUACUGUGUUUUAACUAACUUAUUACCGUCUCUACACAAACUGAAUUACUACCGGUGUGUACUUCCUUUGACACUUUAACCAUUUUACUAUAUAAAACAUAAAUACUUUUAUAAAAACCAGAUGAAAUUUUUUAUAACAUGCAUUACAUGCCUAAAGAGUAUAUGUUAUUGUAUUAUAGAUGUACAUAUAUAAUAUACCCUGGUGCUAGGAUUUUGCUUACUUAUAUAAUUAUUAAGGCUUAUUAUUAUAGUAUGUUUAGGAGUUUGUUAUUACUUGCACAUUGGACAGGGUUUCUCUACAGUUAUCAAGUCUUCCUAUGUGUUCACUACUUUUGUGUGUUUUCAGUUCUAGUCACAACAAUUAAGUGCACACAUUCUAAUAAUACUCGAUUUUUAAAGCAAUUAAUGAGAGAUUAUUUUUCUAAUUAUUGUUUUGAUAUUAUUUGUUUUCACUUAACUAUAGAAACUGUUAUGGCAGUAAGAUAAAUGACUUUUUAAACUGUUUCACAUUUUGUAUGUAUUACCACAGUAUUUUUUUAUCCGUCAUUUAUAUCAGUAAUGCUAACUGGGCCACUUGUCUGGUUUAUCAUUUUCAAAUAGUACUACAUUGUUUAUUUUGAUGUGAUCAUUGAUUGAAUGGAAUCUCUUUA